AGAUCGAUCGGGGAACAUCAAGUCUACGAUGGUAUCAAUUCACGGUGUAUUUAAUUCAAUUUAUCAAUAAGGAAUGGUGGAUCAAAUCAUCAAUUUGAAGAAAAUAGACUGAAUGGGCGUUAGCGUUAGCCACAACGGACGGUCGCCCAGGGUUUUUUGCGCAAUAUUCUUCAUUGGUUUUUAGCAAUGGAAAAAUAAAUUUUUCCCCGUUAUUGUGGCAGCAUUGCACUUUGCUGCUCAAGUGUUUUGAACUGUUUUGUGUGUGCGGGAUGGCGCACGUGUUUGAUGAACUUGUGUUAGGUUAAGGUGUCUGCAUGCUGCUUUAGUUUGGGUGUUGUCGGUGUAAGAUAAUUUUUGUAAUAUUGUACUUCAGAAAGUGAAUUAAACAGAUCCGUUUCGAAGAAUGGGGCGACGAGGAAGUAAGAAAGGAAGAUGCAGGAAAAGGAAUAAGGCCACUGCUGAUCCCAAUAAUGUUGAACCUGAGGAAGUGAAAAGAGCACCUCACUCAUUUGUAUUUCAUCGAGGUCUGGCUGGACCAUAUGUUCUGGAACUAGUACGAGAUUUUAGAAAGGUUAUGGAACCGUACACAGCAUCAUCUUUGAAAGUUAUGAAGAAGAAUUCUUUUAAAGACUUCGUGUCAGUUGCUGGUUUUCUGCACGUCACUCACUUCUGUAUGUUUACUCGCACUGACCUGGGUGUAUAUUUGAGAAUUGCCCGUAUUCCUCGAGGUCCAACAUUAAGUUUCAGAGUGCAUAAUUAUACUUUGGCUAGAGAUGUCAUUUCUGCGAUGAAGAAACAAUACGUCUUUAGCAAACAAUUUGAUCAUCAUCCUUUGGUUGUUCUCAAUGGAUUUUCUGGAGAAGGAAUGCAUAUAAAACUAUUGGCUACAACUUUCCAAAAUAUGUUUCCGUCAAUCAACUUAAUUAAGGUAGAUCUGAGCCAAGUGCGACGUUGUGUACUUCUGAAUUAUGAUUCUUCUAAAAACUUAGUUGAUUUUCGGCACUUUGCUAUUAAAGUUGUGCCUACUGGAAUAUCCAAAAGUGUGAAGAAAAUCGUACAAAGCAAAGUCCCAAACCUCAGCCAUUACCAGGAAAUAUCUCAGUUUUUGACAAACCCUACACAAUUGUCUGAAAGUGAAGCUGAGGACGAUCCCAACAGUCAUGUUGUUUUACCACAAAAACUAGCUUCUCGUGGUAACACAGCUUCCAGUACCUCAGCUAUUCGUGUUGUUGAAUUAGGUCCAAGAUUAACUCUUGAGCUGUUAAAAGUUGAAGCAGACCUUGUUGGUGGGGAGGUUCUAUACCACAGUUAUAUUGAAAAAACAGAAGAAGAAGUACAGGAAAUUCGAAAGAGACUUAAAACAAAACGUCAGUUGAAAGAGAAAAGAAAAAAGGAGCAGAAAGAAAAUAUUAAAAAGAAAGAACAGGAACGGCAAAACAUGAAAGAGAAGUCUCUUGCAGGGAUGAAAAUGAAAUUUGAAGAAAAAUCUGGGGAUAAAGAUUCGGAAAAAUCAAGAGAAAGUUAUGUGAAGAGUACAGCCAUUGAGGGUGAUGAAGAGGAGGAGGAGGAGGAUGAUGAUGCACAGUGAAUUGUUUACCACAAAUGCAAGUGGAAGCACAAAACGAAAGAAGCCCUUCUUGACACCAAUGAUGAAGAGAAAAAGAAUGAAGAAAGAAAAAAGUGAGAAUUCUGAAAAAUCAGACCACUUUAGAGGGAAAAAUAAAAUUGACAAAUUUAGAACAAAAAAUAAGGUAAUGUCAAACAUAAAACACAAAAGACCUAAGCCUAGAAAUAAGUAAUUGGAAUAUAUAUAUUAGUGUAUUUUUUAUUUGUAAAUUGAAAAAAAGACUUAAACUUUAUGGUUGUUGUUUUAUUAUCUUUAUAUUCCCUACCUAUUACUAUAUAUGAUAAGCGACAAAACUAUGUGCAAAACCACCUUUUGCAUUGUUACUAUAUACCUGACAUUGACAUUUCUUUAUUUGAGAGCGUAGGCUUCCGCAG